AUGCUCCUCGAAGCCCUCCUCACUCUCUCCCUCCUCCCCGCCAUCCUCGCCCAAUCCCAACAACAACCCGUCGUCAGCCUCAUCAUGGUCGAGACCUACUACGUCGCCUCUAUCAUCACUGGCGACGCAACCGCGACCACCUACUCUCUCCGCUGCCCCGCCUCCCUGACCUCGGAAUGCGAGGACAUAUCCACCGGGUACUCCUUCACCGGGGUCUCGGGAGCAUCGACGCUAGGCGCGACCUUUGGCCUCACCGCCAACGGAACAUACACGGGCGUGGAAGUUGAUUGCACGACUACGCAGGGCACGGCGGGGACGUGCACGGGUAUCUUUACUGACGGCACGAAUACCAGUAGUACGGUUGGGCCAAUGUCUGGCGAAGACUUUGCGAGUAUUUCGCCGAUUACGGUUACGGGUGGGUUUGAAAAUGUUGCUACGGCGAUUUCUUCUGAAGGCUCAGGUCCGACGGCUGGGCCGAAUGUCUAUGGCGCCGCGGUCGUGGGAAUAGCUGGUAUGCUUGUUGCCGGAUUUUAG